AUGAGCGUCCAAUUGCCACCCCCAACACAUCGCAAGCGCGCCUUGCCCCAAGGCGAGCUCGAAGCCGCCUCGACUCUCAGACUAGGCGCGGACCAGAAUACCCAUACCUUGUCGCUUUCCGAAGCAAGACUCGUCAUCAACAAAGUACUGGAGAACAAGCGCAGGGGUGGAAAGAAAUACGAGGAGCCGGAGAACCUUACCAAGACCCUGGACUAUCUGGAAGUAUUUGCUCGGUUUAAGGAUGAGGAAAACAUCAAGGCCGUCGAACGACUGCUCAAUUCGCAUACGGAGUUGGAGAUGUUCGAGCGGUCACAACUGGGGAGUUUGUGCUGCGAUAAUGCCGAGGAAGCCAAGUCCCUCAUCCCCAGUCUUCAACACAAAAUCUCCGAUGGCGAUCUGCAAGAGCUCUUGGACGAGCUGACCAAGCUGCGGAAUUUCACGGAGUAA